AUAAUAACAAAAUAUGUACCAAUCUUCCACAGUUAAAAACCAUUUUCUUUAUAAUUCAAAAUUCAAGUUUCAAACACUUAUUAGGGAUUAAUUUAUUAUAAAUAUCGCUCCUAAAUCAUUACAGGAAUAGGUAAUUAAAUUCUUCAUGGUUAUUUGUGAUUAUUAUAGAGCUGACAUUAUUAUCAAUAUUGAUACACUAACACUUAUCUAAUUUUUUAUGGGCUCUUAAAACACCGUAAUAGCAUAUAUUGUAAAUUUUUUCAUAAGACGUAAUUAAUUAGUAGGUUUAAGAUAGUAAAUUCAAAUUAUGUACUAAUUACCACCUGUCUUUCAGUUCGUCAAUAAAGUAAAUGUCUAUUUUUGGCAAUAUUUACAAUACCACUUGAAUUCCAUCUAUGUUAGUAUGCAAGGAUAUUGUGAAGAAAAAGACAUCAGAUCAUGUCAACUUAUCUACAUUUGUUGGUGCACUUUUUAGAAGUUCAUUAUUUUGUCGUCAGGGUUUCAUUUUGAAUUUACGAACAAUGAUGAUUGUCCAUGGAUUGGGACUGUUGAUUAAUACAUUUUACUUAAUGAUUUAUUGGUAUUACUCAAAUAAAAAAAAUGUAGUUAUCACUACUGUAUUUAAAACCGCAUUAAUGGGCGCAGUUUUACUUUCAUAUUCAUUAAUAGAAUCAUCAGAUUUAGUCAAAACACGCUUUCCAAUUAUGGUAUCAAUUAUACAUUUGUCACUUAUUGGUUGGCCAUUAUUAUCUGUUAGAGAAACUAUAAGGACAAAAAAAUGGUCUGGACACCCAAAGCCAAUUUUGAUAAAUAGUAUUGUUCUUUGUAUUUUAUGGCUACUAUAUAGUAUCAACAUAGGGAACCCUAUCAUUUUUACACAAUGUUCAGUAGCACUCAUACUAAGCUCAACACAAUUAGGAUUAUGGGCAAUAUAUCCAGCAGAAAAAAUUCAACACAAUAAAAUGGAAAAAAAAAAUGAAUGAUUACUGUUGUUAUAGUAGUACAAUUUCUUGUAAUAAUUUUGAUAAAUAUUUGAUUUCAUAAAAUAAAAAAUAAAUAUCAUUUUAACAA